AUGGCUGAUGCGCAGAUGGGAAGACUACCAUUGUACCCACAUCGACUAGAUAUGUGGUCGGAUGCGCCUACCUCCUUCGAUCUAGUCGAGUUCCGUAGACUGGCGCAGCACAAUCGACAACUACUCACUCGACACAGGGCCGAGCACAGUCGUAGCACACCACAGCAGGUCCCUGAACCUCCAGAUGCGACGAUAGGUGGUACAGAACUGACUAGAGUCCUCAAGUUGAGACUCCACAAAGAGUCCACCGCAGCGAUGCCUCGAUCAGUCACGUACGCCGUGACUUUGCCUACAGAAGCGAUACGAGAGCAAGUCUACUGGUUUCUGUUAGCUCGCGAAGGCAUCGACCCACCGCGAUAUCGAGCACGUGGUAACACCAGGCUACACCAAAUGUCCUAUCGCGAACUCAUGGACAUGGCGAGAGCCCACGACGCACCUGACUGGGUUAUCGCAGGUCCACUUCCGCAUGAAGACGAUGCCAGUGCGUUGGAUGACCGUAAGCGCAGCGAUAUUGUCCGCGAGUGGUUACUCCUCCAAGCAAUCGAUGACUUCGAGAGCAUCGGUACCGAUGCUACCGACCCUUCUCUGCUGCCCGAUCCUUCUUUGCGAUUCGACGAACGUGCGCAGACCUGGAACCGUCGCCUCCAGGGCCAACGCCGAGACCUGCAACAACUGCAGUCUUACGUGCGACGCCAAUUUGCUCCUGAUGAGGCUAGCGGUGCUGGCCAUCUCUGUGGAAUAGACGCCUUAGCUCAGGCGUUCCAUGCUACACGCCGCCUCCAUGAGAGACUGCCACAGAGACUCGAACUUGACGACAUUAUGCGCCUUCGAUUCAGCAACUGGCAGCCCAAUGCGUAUCUUCCUGACAACUACAUUGGAACGCGAACACCAGAGUAUGACAACUUCCUCCAGCAGAUCUACCUGCCCCAUGUUAGGGGCCUUACCCCAGCAGAUCCAGUAUUCGAGGCAGAGCUAGAGGUUCUCUCUACUGUCAACAAUGUGGAUGUCACACAAUUGUAUGUGACACUACUGUUCCUCCAGCACUACACUCAGACCAACGAUGCCUCAGUUUCCAACUACGUAUUAGGCAUGGUCACAGAUGGGACUAGACCUGAAGACCCAGCUACAGCUCACAUUCUUGGCGAUGUCGACGAGAACACGAGGAUUGUCUGGCUGCAUAACGACAACGCCGAGGGUAGCGACUUGUCAAACAUUCUGCAAGAGUAUGGGCACGAGCCUCUUCUCGGCCACUGGAGCCCUUUCGUUCAGUACGGUGAACGCGUCGAGCAGCUGGAUGCUUGGGGUCUGUAUAGGCCGGGCUCAGAGGAGCUGAGAGGUGGUGUUGUGGGCACUCAUUCUCGAUACUCACGUCGGAGUGCUAAGCAUCGCCGCACAGCAGAGAGAGACAAGGACCACAGACGUCAGAUGCGAAGACUACAGAAGUGCUUGAACUGCCAGACCACAGGAAGCUCUUGCUCCCUAGCUGGUACUACUAAGAGCAACGUCAAAUUCACCGAUCAACGCUGUAGCAAUUGCGAGGAAUUAGGCGUUGCGUGUGAAUGGGACGAGUCAUUCGAAGUUGUAGACCGGAACACCACGAUGGCAGACCUCCUGAAGAAUCCGGACCUUGGACGAUACUGGGAUAUACCGGACCCCGAUUGGGCCACUAUUUGCGAGGACAUUAAGAACGCCCAAGCUACUCCAGCUAUGGACUCUAGACCCUUCGCCUUGCAUAUUCACGCUAUGCGAGUCUCCUCUCAGGCCACCCCGGCGUACCUUCAAAUGCUUAUCAACCGCUUGGCCCAGUUCCGCCUUCGUGUCAACAACUACACGAACUCUGGCGCGAACAACCCAGAAGCCGAGCGCCCUGGUGGCGCUAAUACGCCCCUUCAGUUCUUCGGUAUGGUCGUGCAACGUCGUGGCGUCCUUCCCUGGCCGAUCGCUGUCACGAACGGACUAGCCGAUCCGUAUCUCAUCGCUUUGGUCAACCUUCUCGACAGCUGGCUAAACCCACAAGCAGCCGUGCCUACGGCUAUCUUGAUUACGACAAGUGGUGUAGCCGGUGCAACUGUGCCAAUUACUGGAUUCGGUGGCUAUGGUAUUGGAUUCUUUAGCAAGCUACAGCAGAUUGACCAAGCUCGCGGCUCGAAUCUAGCUAAGAACACUGAUCUUAUGACGCUAAUCGAGCACCACGUCCACCACGGUUGGCCUCAUUCGCUCCCACAGCACUGGCAGCAGUUCUUUACUAUCGAGCGCAACAAGUACAUGAUGCGCAACAAGCUAGCCGACCUGAUCACCCGGCACACUCAACAGAUGCACGCUGCAGAUACACAUACUGCUGUGCCGGCCGUCUUUCCUAAUGCCCUUGGUCAGGACAUUGCAGCUCGACUUGAUGCGCACCCGGAGCUUCUCGCUGAGCAAGCUGCUUGGCGGUAUCACUGGCUUAACCCAGCUCAGGCAUUCGAGGCUAUGAUGCGCAAUAUUGGACGCAAUAACUCUUGGAUUUGA